CCUAAAAUCCAUGAAAUGUUUGUCUACUCUAACUUAGAUGAAGUUAUACGGACACGUCUUCUAAUUGACGGAGAUGGAGCUGGUGAUGACCGCCGCAUUAAUGUGCUACUGAAGAGUUUCAUUAAAUGGUGCAACUCUACUGGGACUCCAGAGGAAGGUUUCACACAGUAUCAGAGGAUGUUGGGAACGCUAGCCCAGUGUGAAUUCUCCAUGGGAAAGACAUUGAUGGUUUAUGACAUGAAUCUUCGUGAAAUGGAGAAUUAUGAGAAAAUCUACACUAAUAUAGAAGAAAACAUCAUGUCUGCGCAUGAGAAGAUAGCAGAAUGCAAAAAGGAAAUUCAGCGGGCCAAGAGAAUACGAAAGAAUCGCCAAGAGUAUGAUGCUAUGGCGAAGGUUAUUCAGGAACAUCCAGACCGACAUGAAACGCUGCAGCAGUUAGAGGCUCUUGACAAAGAACUCCAGCAACUUUCUCACAUCAAGGAGAAUGUUGAUGCAAAGUUGGAGCUGAGAAAGAAGCAGUUCCAUGUUCUGCUCAGUACCAUACAGGAACUACAGCAGACACUUGAAAAUGAUGAAAAGUCUGACAAUUAUGAUAACAAUCAAGAAAGUCCUGCAGAGAAUGGUGAAUGAAUUUGUAGCUGUUCCUGGGCAUAGAAACAGAAGAACACUUUAACAUGAUUUUGAUUUUUUUUUUAUGUGUUCAGAAAUAAAGUUGAAAAUAUCUCAA